AUGACAAAUUCGAGCGCAGGAGUUUGUGCAAUAAAAGUAGAAUUUAUUGCACAAAAAUUGGAAAACUGUAACAACAUUCAAGAAACGGAAUCAUCAUUAAAAAGGAAACUUGACAGUAACAUUACAUCUGAUAACAAAAAACUUAAAUGUGAAAAUGUUGAAGAACCACAUAAAAAUAAAAAGAGAGGCCAAAACAAAGCACGACCUAAGACAUUUCAAAUUGAUAAACAAAAUAAACCUUGUCCUAGCAUAAUAGACAUUAAAUCACCCGAUGAACAACAAAAGUGUCAAUUUCCUAAUUGCAAAUAUAUUCAUAAUCCACUGGAAUAUUUGCAAUCAAAACCUAAAGAUAUUUACGAAAAGUGCCAUUUAUUUGAUGUUCGGGGAAGGUGUCCCCGAGGCAUUGCUUGUCGUUUUGGUUUAAGUCAUAUCACAGCUGAAGGGUACAACAUUACUGAUGAUAACAAAGUUAAAGCAUGGAAAGAAGACACGAAAAACUCACUUCAAACUUCUAUUCAAAUAAAGUUACAGAAGAAAAAAUAUGAUUUCAGUAUUGCUGAAAGUGUGGUGAAAAGAAUGGAUUGUAGGAAUGUUUCUCAAAAAAUAGAUUCUACUUUAGAAAAUUCUAACGCACUUAAUAAAGUGAAUAGUGGUGUAAUAACCGAUGAAGAUUUAAUAAAACUACUACCCCGUGAAAAGAAAACAAUACAAUGGCAAGACAAAUUAUAUCUCAGUCCUCUUACUACUGUUGGCAACCUUCCUUUUAGAAGAAUUUGUAAAGGUUUUGGUGCUGAUAUUACUUGUGGAGAAAUGGCUCUUUGUGAAUCUUUACUGAAAGGGUUAAAACAAGAAUGGGCUCUGGUAAAAAGACAUGAAUCAGAAGAUCUUUUUGGAGCUCAAAUAUGUGGUAACAAUGCAUAUACCAUAACUAAAGUAGCACAAUUAUUGCAAGAAAACACAGAACUUGACUUUAUUGACUUAAACUUAGGAUGUCCAAUAGAUUUAAUUUAUAAAAAAGGUGGUGGAUCCGGUAUGAUGCACAGAUUACCUGCCUUAGAGACAUCCAUAAAAUCCACUUCAAAACUAUUAAAUAUACCAUUCACUGCAAAAAUUAGAACUGGUGUGUACCAAGAUAAGAAAAUUGCUCACACUAUUAUACCCAAAAUGUUUGAUUGGGGUGUAUCCCUUAUAACUUUACAUGGUAGAUCAAGGGAGGCUAGAUAUACAAAAUCAGCUGACUGGGAAUAUAUAGAAACCUGUGCAAAAGCAGUAGCACCAUUGCCUAUUUUUGGUAAUGGUGAUAUAUUAAGUUAUCAAGACUAUUUACAAAAGAAAGAAUUAGCUCCUUCUGUUCAAGGAGUAAUGAUUGGACGAGGUGCACUUAUUAAGCCUUGGAUAUUUACAGAAAUUAAAGAACAAAAGCUAUUAGAUAUAAGCAGUAAAGAAAGGUUUGAAAUAAUUAAAAAAUUUACAUACUAUGGACUGGAGCACUGGGGUUCUGAUACUCAGGGUGUUGAAAAUACACGUAGAUUUUUACUUGAAUGGUUAUCUUUCUUAUAUAGAUAUGUACCUGUUGGAUUACUAGAAAGACCACCACAAAGAAUUAAUGAAAGGCCUCCAACAUAUUUUGGUAGAGAUGAUUUAGAGACACUUAUGGCUUCAGGCAAUUGUGCAGACUGGAUAAAAAUAAGUGAAAUGGUAUUAGGUCCUGUGCCUGAUGGAUUUAUGUUUUUGCCUAAACACAAAGCCAAUUCGUACUAA